AUGCUGCCGUCGCAGGAGGCCUCCAAGCUGUACCAUGACAACUAUAUGCGGAACUCGCGGGCCAUCGGCGUGCUCUGGGCCAUCUUCACCAUCUGCUUCGCCAUCAUCAACGUGGUGGUCUUCAUCCAGCCCUACUGGAUCGGCGACAGCGUCAGCACGCCCAAGCCGGGCUACUUCGGCCUCUUCCAGUACUGCACGGGCGACGACGGCAACAACCGGGAGAUCAAAUGCCAGGGCUCCUUCUCCGAGUUCGGCAACAUCCCCUCGGGAGCCUUCAAGGCGGCCUCUUUCUUCGUGCUGCUCUCCAUGGUGCUGAUCUUGGGCUGCAUCACUUGCUUUUCCCUCUUCUUCUUCUGCAACACGGCCACGGUCUACAAGAUCUGCGCCUGGAUGCAGCUUCUGGCAGCUCUCUGCCUGGUGCUGGGCUGCAUGAUAUUCCCAGACGGCUGGGAUUCAGAGAAGGUCAGGGACAUGUGUGGGGAGAAGACGGGGAAGUACUCGCUGGGCGACUGCUCCGUGCGCUGGGCCUACAUCCUGGCCAUCAUCGGCAUCUUGAACGCCCUCAUCCUCUCCUUCCUGGCCUUUGUCCUGGGCAACCGGCAGAAUGACCUGCUUCUCGAGGAGCUCAAAACAGAAAACAAAGAGGAUAUAAUGUAGAAGAGGCAGGAGGCUCCCCCUCUCUCUUAUCGGUA